GCCGGAGACGUCCCGGGCGCUUUUCCGCAGCCUCGCGGGUCCCUCGCAGCCCUCGGCCCAUAAGGCCAUCUCUUUCCCCUCUUCAGCUACAGUGCUAGCUAAGCGGGGGAAGCCCACCGGGAGAGAAGCCGCUUUGCGCCCGCUGCGCCCUCCUCGCCGCUCCCGUGCGCCCUCCUCGCCGCCCCGGUGCGCCCUCCUCGCCGAGCGCUCCCGCAGCCGCCGCCCGGGCGCCUCGCACAGCCAGCUCCAGAGCCAUGGCCCGCUCCAGCGCCGACGCGCAACCCGACGCCCGAGGAUGCUGCGGAUCCUGUGGCGAUUACUUAAGAUCUGCCAAAUUCCUCCUCUAUGUUGGGCAUGCUCUCUCCACUUGGGGGGACCGCAUGUGGCACUUUGCAGUGUCCCUCUUCCUGGUCGAACUGUAUGGGAACAGCCUCCUUUUGACAGCUGUUUAUGGACUGGUGGUGGCCGGGUCCGUCCUUCUUCUGGGAGCCAUCAUUGGGGACUGGGUAGACAAGAACCCGAGGCUUAAAGUGGCCCAGUCGUCUUUAAUUGUGCAGAACGCAUGCGUCAUUUUGUGCGGCGUCCUUCUGAUGAUGGUCUUCCUAUUCAAGGCUGAGUUGGUGGCCUUGUAUCAAGGCUGGCUGCUUACACUGUGCUAUAUCCUGGUCAUCACGAUCGCCAACAUCGCUAAUUUGGCCAGCACAGCCACCGGCAUUACCAUCCAGAGGGACUGGGUGGUUGUCGUUGCCGGGGACAACAGAAGCAAACUGGCAGAUAUGAACGCUACGAUAAGAAGAAUCGAUCAGCUGACCAAUAUCUUGGCCCCGAUGGCUGUUGGGCAGAUCAUGACCUUUGGAUCGCCAGUUAUUGGCUGCGGCUUCAUUUCGGGCUGGAAUUUGGUUUCCAUGUGCUUGGAAUAUCUGCUGCUCUGGAACGUGUACCAGAAAACACCUGCCUUGGCUCACAAAGCCAGCAGCAAGAUCGAGGAGUCGGAAUUAAAGCAGCUGAACAAUCUGAAAGAGAGUGAAUCGAAGCCCAAUGAAGGAGUCAAAUUAAUUGACGGGAAAGACGUGUCUGUCUUUGAGCCCUCCCAGGAAGAGGUCUCUUGUUGCUCUCGGAUGGCGGAGCCAGUCACUACCUUCCGGGAUGGAUGGGUUGCUUACUACAACCAGCCGGUGUUCCUCGCAGGCUUGGGCCUUGCGUUCCUCUACAUGACCGUUUUAGGCUUUGACUGCAUCACCACGGGCUACGCCUACACUCAGGGAUUGAGCGGCUCCACUCUAAGUCUUUUGAUGGGGGCCUCAGCCAUAACUGGAAUCAUGGGCACAGUCGCGUUCACCUGGCUGCGCCGUAGGUGCGGGCUGGUGCGCACGGGCAUCAUUUCCGGAAUAGCCCAGUUUGCCUGCCUGCUCCUGUGUGUGAUUUCAGUCUUCAUGCCAGGGAGUCCUUUGGACCUGUCCGUGUCCCCUUUCGCGGACAUCAGCGCCAGAUUGUUUGAAAGCAGUCCGCUGCCCACAAUGGCGCCCGAAGCUGCGAUACCCGAAGUGCCCUUUACGACCAUCAUGCCUGUCUUGGCAAAUGAAUCCCUAUCCGUUAACGGGACGGAUCCCGGAAUGACUCCUGACUUCGUGCCUCUUGUCUCUGUCAGCCUCCUAUUUGCUGGAGUCAUUGCUGCUAGGAUUGGCCUGUGGUCCUUCGAUCUGACUGUCACGCAGCUGAUCCAGGAAAAUGUGGUAGAAUCCGAAAGAGGUAUCAUCAACGGUGUCCAGAACUCCAUGAAUUACCUUCUGGACCUGCUGCAUUUCAUCAUGGUCAUCCUAGCCCCAAACCCGGAAGCUUUCGGAUUGCUGGUUCUCAUCUCUGUCUCCUUUGUUGCCAUGGGUCACAUCAUGUACUUCCGCUUUGCUCAGAAAACUCUGGGGAGCAGCGUCUUCCGGUGCUGUUCUCGUGAGCCAAGGGUGGGCGCCGACGACUCUGCGCCUUCUGAUGCUUCGGAAGCCUUGAGUGCCUAGAGAGCUCUUGUUCUUUCCUAGUCUUGUUUUCACGACCCAUGUAAAAUGGCGGGCUGUUUUAUGGUCCAAGGCAACUGACUGUCCUCAAAACAAGGGAUGCUCAAAGCUCUGCCUACCCAAGCUUGCAACCAGUCCUGCCUUCCCACACCUCCCGACCGGUACCGUUAUUGGUCGGUUGUCCAAGUAUGGGCAUUUUCCAGUGAGCUUAUUUAUUCCCAGGGAGGCUUCACAAGGAGCUUAACAAUUAGCUACGAUUUAAAGCAUUCAUUUUUGGGGUGGGAAGAAAAGUAGAGACCCAGACAUUGCAUUAUGUGUAAUAUGAUUAGGGUUUUUUUACCCCCAUAUGUAACAUAGAUUAACUAUGUUUGCUUCAAGGAAUUAACUGAUAAGCAUGACCAAAAAUGUUACACAAACGGGAUGAAAAGAUGUUGUGCUUUGUAAAUCGCCAAAGCUCUGGUGCGUGCCUAUGACAAAAAAAGGCCUUUUUUGUGAUGUUUGACUUUGCAGAAGCAUCUUUGUUGUUUGUGUAUAUUAGUUGUUGAAUAAGAAAUAGCGCAAAAUAUUGAGAGUAUACAUGUAGCACUUCCUAGGAACUGAGAAUAUAGCAAAAGCUAUAUGUGUAUCAUAACAUUGUUAAGCAUAUUUUUUCCUGUACCAGCACUGUAUAUAUUAUACUUUGGAUUCAUAGAGUUAAGGACCAGGUAAUUCAAAUUCAGGGCAUGAGGAUAUAGGACACAGAGACAGACCCAGAGUUCUAAGGAAGCCUUUUUUCAAAAUAUAAAAUAGGUACUGAAAGUCUCAAACCACUUAGUUCAGGGUCUCCCCCCUGACUUUGCAAAAGUUGUCCAGAACUAUAUCAUAUUUGAGGAUUGUGGUUGAGAUGUAAUCCUUUAGUAACUUUUCUACACAGGCAUUUUGGACUAAAACAGAAUUUGUUCCAAGAAUAUAUUGGAACAAAGUAGAGUAUAUUUAUUGGAACAAAGUAGAGUAUACUCAAACAAGAGUAUAUUCAUUGUGGUUGGGGGUGGGGGUGGGAGAAAUGUUGUGCAUGGGGUAGAAAAUGUUGACAGAGAGACAUUUUUCUCUCUUUCUCACAACACUAGAACCAGGGGGCAUCCAUUGAAAAUG